UUAGAGUCCUUGACAAACAAAAACUGCUCAAAUUAUUUCAAUUUAAACCCCCAAAAACAAGCAGAGUGAGAAGGGGGAAGAAGAGGGGAGAGAGAAGCCCUAGAAAACCCUAAUUCAAUUCUCUCUCCAUCAUUCUCAACCUCUCGUUUUCAAUUGAUUUGUGCAUUUUCUUCUCAUAAACCCUAAUUUUACUGUUCUUCGUCUUAAUUUCUUCACCCUCAACUUUAAUUCCAUCAAAUUGACGUUGCAAUUUGCUUGGACUCCAUAAAUUAUUUGAAAUUACAGUCGCUAAUUCACAAAAUACUUCAAAUUUAGGUUUCAGAAAAAGCUUAAAAAUAGAUUUAAUGGAAGGAUUGCCGCAGAACACACCGAGAACGGUGGAGGAAGUUUUCAACGAUUUCAAAGGAAGACGCGCUGGUUUGAUCAAGGCGCUCACCUCUGACGUUGACAAAUUUUAUCAGCAAUGCGAUCCUGAGAAGGAGAACUUGUGUUUGUAUGGACUUCCAAAUGAAACAUGGGAAGUCAAUCUACCUGUGGAAGAGGUACCUCCCGAGCUUCCUGAGCCAGCACUAGGUAUUAAUUUCGCUAGGGAUGGCAUGCAGGAAAAGGAUUGGUUAUCAUUGGUUGCUGUUCACAGUGAUUCAUGGCUACUUGCUGUAGCCUUUUAUUUUGGUGCUCGCUUUGGUUUCACCAAGAAUGAAAGGAAGAAGCUAUUUCAGAUGAUAAAUGAUUUACCAACUGUCUUUGAAAUUCUGAACGGCAAUGCUAAGCAACCAAAGGAUCAUUCUGGUCCUCAUAACAGCAGCAGCAAAAAUAAAUCUGGUGGAAAGCCGGCACGACAGCCCGAGAACCACAUUAAGCCUGUGAAAAUGCCUACACCACCGAAGGAAGUUGAGAGUGGCGGGGAAGAAGAAGAGGAAGAUGAUGAACAGGGAGCAACCCUGUGUGGAGCAUGUGGUGACAACUAUGCUUCUGAUGAAUUUUGGAUUUGCUGUGACGUUUGUGAAAAGUGGUUCCAUGGUAAAUGUGUAAGAAUCACACCUGCUAAAGCUGAGCAUAUCAAGCAGUACAAGUGCCCUGGCUGCAGUAGCAAGAGAGCUCGAGUUUGAGAACUUCUAUUAGGAAGAAGCAACUAGCCAAGCAAAUUGGUCAAUUCAAGGUUUGGUACAGCUUCAUUGUUCGAAUCUAAAGUCACAAUCUUGUAGACUUAUAUUUUCCAUCGCUGUUAAGAACAGGCAGGUCAGCAGCAACCCAUUUGAUUGAGUGAAAUUAGGUUAUGUUUCUGGAUGAAUUAAGAAUUUGUUUGACUUUUUUAAUUUUAAGUUUCUUGAAUUGUUAGGAAUUGUUUUCCAUUUAUGGAUUGCUGGCAAGUUGACUCACAGCAGAAGUUCAUGUGCUAUGUUUAAUGCUCAGGUUUUUAAAGCUGUCUGCUGUCUUCGUCUUCCUCUUUCUCAUCAUCUAUUUUUCUUAAAAGUGUUCGUCGUUGGUAAAGUUUUGUGAUCCAAGGAUUUGGUCAUUUUUAGUAUAUAUGACAUUUUUUAGCUGCUUGGUCUUGA